UCAGUAUUUACAUAACCGCUCAGAAUAUUGGAAUAUAUAAAUUCAAAAAGCUUGCGCAGAGUUUUCACAAUUAUAAAUUGAAACGAAACAGAGACCUGGCAACUGGAAAACAUGGCUGAUCGCAAACUAUCGCCUAGGCCAUUAUCCUCAUUGUGCUCUGCCAUGUCGUUGUCACUCCGACCCCAACACGAAGUCCGCAUGAUUGUACUGGGAUCGGCGGGUGUGGGGAAAACCCAGUUGGUUUCUCGACUUGUUGGGCAGCCUUUCAACACGAAUCAUUUUCCAACCGCAAAGGAUUUCCAUGUAGUAAAUCAUGACACUGCUAAUGUAACAUAUCGAUUAGAAAUUCUAGAUACGUCGGGAAUAUCCCCUUACCCACCGACGAUGGAGAUUUGCACUCUAAUGACAGGAGAUCUAUUUUUGAUAGUAUAUUCUGCAUCGGACUAUGGAAGCUGGGAACGAGCUAAAUAUUUGAUUGAUACUAUCGAACAAAUCAAGUGCUAUGCUGCCAAAAUCAAAGUUUCUCUAGAACGGAAUUUUAAAAAUGUCAUCAAGCAAAAAACAGACUUGACAAAGCAGCCUUGGAAUUUGAAUAAUCAUUCAACAAAAGAAUCUAUUGUAUCCAUCCUAGUUGUUGGCAACAAACAUGAUAUUUCGAAGAGCACUGUGCCUCGCAGAGAGGUAGACGAUUGGUUGCUGAAACGACAGUUCAAGACACCAUGCUUCGUCAGUCAUAUUGAAGCAUCAGCUAAAACCUAUUACAAUGUGGAAGCAAUGUACGAUCAACUCCUAGUCAUGGCAAAGUUGCCUCUAGGACUGAACUCCGUUACCAUGCAUGCAGGAAAUUUUCCACCUCGCAGUCGAUCGAAUCCAUUAGUAGUUUCUCCAUUAUGCUACAAAGAUCGCACUGCUCGAAAUUCGUUCCUUUUUCACGAGAAAAACAUUAAAGCUACACGGAACAAACAAACGGAUUCGAAUUCCAUUAAAACUGCACAAAUCCAACUUAUGAAACGACCGCCGAGCCUGGAAGACGAAAUAAUCUUGGCAUACGCCAAAGCAUGCUUCAUAACGAAGAAAAAGCAAGGAUCAUCGAAAAUACUAUCGGAGAUUAUCGUUUAGAUUCGUUUAAAGAAUUGCUGAUCUCAAAAUGAACACAUAGCUCAAACACGAAUCAACUAUUUAUUUUUAUUUUAACUUUAUAUUUACAAAUUUGACUACAUAGGCCUACAUUUAAAGCCAUCCCGGCUGUCUUCAAUGACUACAUUGUCAUCGAAAAUUCAUGCACAUAUUCUAAUUUUAAAUAUCGGGUCCAGUUCGAAAAAUAGAAAGAAAUUGACGUUAGCAAAAAAUAAUUACUUUGCCUAUACUAGUACCGCGAGCAUAAUCUGAUAAAAAAUAACAAGAACAUGCUAACUGGUAAUGUUCGUGCAUUAUGCUGGCUGACUGAGCGCCAAAGAGGGCCUUUUGACUGACCGGUUGGGACGCCGCGAGAAGACGUUAGAAAGUGGGGCUGUCCCGCCUAAAACGGGACGUAUGGUAAGCCUAACUUAUGUACUCCGGCUCGCCACCCAACCAGACAUAGUUUGUUUUGGUAUCUCUGACUGACGAAAGCAUACAAAAAAUGGAAUAAGGGGGAAACCCUUCUCGGUUAGUGGAAUCCAAUGAUCUAAAAAACCAAAGAGCAAUUCAUCACAAACGACACCAGUGUGAUGUUUGCUUUCACAUCUGCUUUUCGCAGAAUGCUACAACGAAAGAUUCGUAUAAGUAUAGGUUUAUUUCGACGCCAUAUUCAGUAGUAGACCAUAAAAUAAUAGCUAGAGACAAAAAAAAAUUAAAUAACUGAUUAUGGAAUCGGGGGAACAAACAAAACGUCAAGUAAGGUUUGAAGCGUACAGGUUUUAGAUGGAAAGGUAUAGGCGCGAGCCGAGGCUAUUUAUCUUUCAGUUUCGCAGCGCACAUAAAGUAACUACCUGAA